AUGGAGGAAUGCGAUUUUUGUUUAAAACCGACAACAAGCAAUAAAAAAUUUACAUACUCCAAAGAGUUUUAUGCCAUAUUCGCUGCAGGAAUUACCGCCGGAAAGUUGUAUACGCCGGAUAUCAAGCGAUUAUGUAAUCUGAACCGAAUCAAGAUUUUGAUGAUAUCUUCUAAUGCCCUCAAAAAACCAAAAACGUUGAAUUUCAGCCCAAAAUGCAGUGAUCCGGAGUUGAAGAUCGAAUUGGAUGGUUGA